AAAAAAAAACAAAAACACAUUACGUUUUCCCGGCGAGUUUUCAACAAACCAAACCAAUUUUUCUCUUUCGUAGGAGUUUCUCCGAGAAAAUUCGAACUCUCUCUGUUCGGUUUUUCUCUCUUAAAAAUCACUUCUCUUAGUUACUCUGUUUUUGGUUCUUGUUGUGUUGUGUCGUUGUUGUUCUCGUUGUUGUUUGUUGUGAUCAAUGGUGUUUUCUGGUGAAGAAGAAGAGAGUAACAUGGCGACAGGCUCUGAGAGAGUGAAGCCUCUUCACAAUUUCAUGCUACCUUGUUUGAAGUGGGGGACUCAACGUCACCUGAGAUGUAUGAAGAUUGCUUCCGACGAGGGAUCGCCGUCGGAGUCUGAGAGAAAGAGGAGCAAGAUCAGCGGUGACGACGAUGGGAUCGGUGCUGUUAGGGAGAAGUUGAUGCUUGAUCUGAAGACUGAAGCUGAUAGGAUGAAAGACGCGAUAUUGAGGAAGGAGAAAGAGAAUAAUGGUGCCGAUGAUGAUGAGGUUGAGGUCGAGGUUGCGGCGGCGGCGAGGAGGGAGCGGACGUGGAAUUUGAGAACGAGGAAAGGUGUUGGUGUUGGUGUUGGUGGUGGAGAGAGUGGGAAGGGGUUGUUGUUGAAGAUUGAUGAAAAGAAACCUAGCGUGUCGGUGUCGCCGUUGAGGAAUGGUAACGGCGGUGUUAAGUUGAAGGGUGAUUCGAAUUCGAAUGAAAAGACGAACUUUUCAUUGACGUUGACGAAGAAGGAGAUUGAAGAAGAUUUCAUGAAGAUGGUGGGUCAUCGGCCUCCGAGAAGGCCCAAGAAAAGGCCCAGAAAUGUUCAGAGGCAAAUGGAUAAUCUUUUUCCUGGUAUGUGGUUGUCUGAGGUUUCUGCUGAUGCGUACAAGGUUGCAGAGAAUAAUGGCAAGAAAUAGAAGGAUUGAGAAUGUGAAGAUAGAACAUUGGAAUUUGGAAGACAUAUAUUAGCUGAAUGCUGGGAGCUGGGAAUGACAGCAGCUUAGGAUGAUACAUGUGACUAUGAUUGGAUGGAGAUUUUCCUGGUAGCACAGUUGAUGUGUGUUUUUUGUUGUUUACAAUGUUGUGUUUAGGUUUUAUAGGGAAUAGUUGAUUCUUUUGUUUAUAUGAAUAAUUCUCAUAAAAGAUUCACCAUUGGAUGAGAAAAUGUGGCUUCUGUUUCUAUUAGGCUUUCAUCAAGCUUUCUAGUUUCAGCAACUUCGAAGAAAGAAGCUAUAAUAAUAAUAUUGACAAUGUCAAACUUUAUUUUCAUUUACAAAGUCAUUGAUCCUGUUGAA